AUGCAAACGUCUCAGAAACAUCACAGUGCAGCUGGACUGCACAUGCUGUAUCCUCAAGUCUACUGUUCGUCUCAGUUCCAAGUGAUAGACAACAAGAACAACAACAACAGUGGCUUCUCUGACAUCCCAUCCAAAGAAAGCUUCUUCACUCUCGAGUCCUCCACUGCCUCUGCUGGUGGUAGCCUUCCUUCCUAUAGCGACUCCCCUUCCGUGAGCAUCACAUCUGGCCCGAGUCCGUUUUCUCCUCAGGGCUCUCACUCCUGCAUCUCCGAUCUCCAUCCUUCCCCUGACAAUCCCUUGUCUUCUUCUUCUUCUUCUUACGAAUAUGACGAAGCCGGUUUCAAGAGCAAAAUCCAAGAACUCGAGGUCUCGCUGCUGAGCUGUGAUCCCAAAGCUGAACAAGACUCGGGUCUCAGCUCCAAGUCGUGGAACUGGGACGAGCUCCUGGCGCUGACUCCACAGCUGGACUUGAAAGAAGUGCUCGUGGAAGGCGCUCGUGCGGUCGCCGACGGGGAUUUCGCUACAGCGUUUGGAUUCAUCGACGUCUUGGAGCAGAUGGUGUCGGUCUCAGGGAGUCCGGUCCAACGGCUAGGUGCUUACAUGGCAGAAGGGCUUAGAGCAAGGCUUGAAGGCUCUGGGGGCAAUAUAUACAGAGCCUUGAAAUGCAAUGAGCCAACGGGAAGAGAGCUCAUGUCUUACAUGGGCGUCCUCUACGAGAUCUGCCCUUACUGGAAAUUCGCCUACACGUCUGCGAAUGCUGCCAUCUUGGAAGCAGUUGCUGGGGAGAGCAGAGUCCACGUCAUCGAUUUCCAGAUCGCUCAGGGGUCACAGUACAUGUUUCUCAUCCAGGAGCUUGCGAAACGUCCUGGUGGGCCUCCGUUGCUGCGUGUGACUGGUGUGGAUGAUUCACAGUCGAGGUAUGCUCGUGGAGGAGGGCUCGGCUUGAUAGGUGAGAAGCUCUUGAAGAUGGCGGAGUCGUGUGGUGUGCCCUUUGAGUUUCACGAUGCUGUCAUGUCAGGGAGCCAGGUGCAGCGAGAGCAUCUUGGAGUGGAGCCUGGCUUCGCUGUUGUUGUGAACUUCCCGUACGUGUUGCACCACAUGCCUGACGAGAGCGUGAGCGUUGAGAACCACAGAGACAGGCUGCUGCAUCUGAUCAAGAGCCUCUCGCCGAGGCUCGUGACGCUGGUGGAGCAAGAGUCCAACACCAACACCUCGCCGUUUCUGUCACGGUUCGUGGAGACGCUUGAUUACUACACGGCCAUGUUUGAGUCGAUAGAUGCGGCGCGGCCGCGGGAUGAUAAGCAGAGGAUCAGCGCGGAGCAGCAGUGUGUGGCGAGAGACAUAGUGAACAUGAUUGCGUGUGAGGAGUCGGAGAGAGUGGAGAGACACGAGCUGCUGGGGAAGUGGAGGGUGAGGAUGAUGAUGGCCGGGUUCAUGAGCUGGCCAGUGAGCACGUCAGCAGCGUUUGCAGCGAGUGAGAUGUUGAAAGGUUAUGACAAAAACUACAAACUUGGAGGGAGUGAAGGAGCGCUCUAUCUCUUCUGGAAGAGGAGACCUAUGGCUACAUGUUCAGCUUGGAAGCCAAACCCAAACCAGAUUGUGUAG